AUGGCGCCUUCUGCUCGUCUUCGCGUUCUCUGCACUGGAGGUCUUGGGUAUAUCGGCAGCCACACAGUGGUGCAGCUCAUCGAGGCGGGCUAUGAUGUGCUCGUAGCGGACAACCUCUCCAACGCUUCUCCUCUCGUCGAAGAUCGAAUUCGAAAAAUCACCAACGCCACAGAUGAACAGCUGCGCUUGGACUUGAAAGACAAGCAACAAACUAUGCAGCUGUUCAAGGAGGAACGCGUAGAUGCGGUGAUUCAUUACGCUGCCCUUAAAGCUGUUGGUGAAUCGGUGCAGAAGCCUCUUAGCUACUACGAGAACAAUGUCGGCGGCACAUGCAAUCUUUUGGAGGCAAUGCAGGCAAUGGCAGCCAGCGGCGUCAAGUGUUUCGUCUUCUCUUCCUCUGCCACUGUAUACGCCCCUAAGCCGGAAUCCAAGAUAAACGAAACCGACCCUCUGGGGCCCUCCAACCCAUACGGUCACACUAAAGUGAUGAUUGAGCAGAUCCUCAAGGCAAGCGGACCCUUCACCAAUACCGCUAUACCCCUCAUAUACUUCUUUAAAGUGCAGCCUGAAACUCUGAUGCCCUUGGCAACGAAUAUUGGCGAGUCCCCCGAUCAGCCCAAUAACCUGCUGCCCGUAAUUCAGCACGUCGCUGUGGGCAGAAGGAAGUGCCUGCAGGUCUACGGAAACGACUGGGAAACGCCAGACGGAACGGGCGUUCGCGACUAUUUGCAUGUUGAUGAUUUGGCCUCUGGCCACCUCGCUGCGCUCAAGAAGCUGCUACAGGCUCCAGGAGGAACCCUGCUGAUACACAACUUGGGAACCGGCCGUGGGUAUUCUGUCUUGGAGUUGAAGAAAGUCUUUGAGGAGGCGUCUGGCAAAUCUAUUCCCCACGAAGUGGUUGGCCGACGGCCAGGCGACUUGGCGUGCGUUGUGGCGGAUCCGACUUUGGCGGAAAAGGACUUCAAUUGGAAGGCAACGCGCACUAUCGAGGAGGCCUGCCGGUCCGCAUGGAAGUGGCAGUCUAGCAACCCUCAGGGCUACGCUUGA